AUGCCCAAUGGCCAGUCCAGACAUUUUGGAUGCGUAACCGUCCCCAUCUCUCCUCCGCAGCGGCUGGCCUCGGUCGGCCUGGACGCCAAGAACACGGUGUGUAUCUGGGAGUGGAAGAGAGGGAAGAUCCUGGCCACGGCCACGGGACACUCGGACAGGAUCUUUGACAUCUGCUGGGAUCCGUUUCAGCAAAGCCGCCUGGUGAGCUGCGGCGUGAAGCACAUCAAGGCGCAGCUCCAAAACCGUAUGUCACAAUACUUAAAGAAAAGGGGCUGCUGCAGUGUCAAGUUCCAGGUGCUUCUCCUAAACCUACAGUUGAGUGGUGGGACAGUGACAACAAAACACUUCCUUUUAAGACGGUGCAGGAUGAAGAACAACAAGGUCGCUUCCACGUCACCGUCCAGACUACUGUAACUGAGCCUGGCUGUUAUCACUGUGUAGCCACACAGAUGGAAAAAUGGCAUCGGAUUUCUUCAGAGAUCUGUGUGCA